AUGUUGCGUUCUACUGCUGCUGUCCGUUCAGCUUCCAAAAUUGUUGGUCGUCGUACUAUUUCCACCGGUGUCACCGGCCAAACUAAGUACACAACUUUGUCAAAUGGUGUAACCAUCGCUACCGAAACCAACCCAUUCGCCAAGACCUCCACUGUUGGUGCUUACAUUCAAGGUGGAUCCAGAUCUGAACACCCAUACAACAACGGUGUCUCAGCAUUAACCGCCGAAUUGUUAGCUUCCUCUAAGGCUGAAGCCGGUGUUUUGGUUUCUGCUGAAUCCACUCACGAAACCAAUGCUAUCUUAGCUCAAUCCACCAACGAAGAUGUCUUGGAAGCCGCUAAGACCAUUUCCGGUAUUAUUUCCAAUGCCACUGCCAACUUGGAAAGCGGUGACUUCUCCAAGGCUAGAUCCACCAUUUCAUCCAAGAUUGCUGCCAUUGAGGCCAACGAAACUUCCAAGGUCUUAUCACACUUGAACGCUACUGCAUUCCAAGGUUACUCUUUGGGAUUACCAAUUAACGGUACCGUCGACUCUAUCAAUGACAUAGAAUUACAAGAUUCACUUCGUUUCACCGACAAGCACCUUGUUGGCGAAAACACCGUAAUUGCUGCCUCUGGUAACUUCGACCACGACAAGUUAGUCGAUGCCUUGGAAGCUUCCUUAAAGGUUCCUUCAGGUUUCAAGCCAGCUGUCAAGCCAGCUUCUUUCUUGGGUUCCGAAAUCAGAAUGAGAGAUGACACCUUACCAAAGGCCUGGAUCUCCAUUGCUGCUCAAGGUGAAGGAUUAAACUCUCCAGCCUACUACGUUGCUAAGGUUGCUUCCGCCGUAUCAGGUAACUUCUACGACAAGUCUGCCAUUGCCAAGUUCCAAUCUUCCAAACUCUCUUCAAUUGUGCAAGAAUACCACAUUGUUGACAAGUAUACCUCAUACUCCACCUCCUACUCUGACACUGGUCUUUUCGGAUUCCACGCCGAAAUCUCUAACAUCUACCAAAUUGAUGACCUUACACACUUCUUCUUAAAGGAAUGGAACAGAUUAUCUAUUUCAGUCACCGAUGCUGAAAUUGCAAGAGCCAAGAACCAGGUUAAGACCGAGCUCUUGGCUUCCUUAAACUCAAGCAAUGCCAUUGCUUCUGACAUUGGUAACAAGGUUUUGCUUGCUGGUUCUAGACAAUCCGUCAAGGAAGCUCUCAGCAAGAUCGACGCUAUCUCCACCAAGGAUGUCAAGGCCUGGGCCCAAGUUGCUCUUUGGGAUCAAGAUGUUGUUGUUGCUGGUACCGGUCAAAUUGAAGAUUUGUUUGACUACAUGACUAUCAGAAACGGUAUGGCCAUGAUGAGAUGGUAA